AAAUGACAUUAUGUUUUUUUUUGGAUUUUUGGGGAUCUAUUGGAAUUUUUGAAAAAAUGAGAAGAGAAGGAGAAAUACAUGAAAGCCUUGAUAGUGUAUUCCCUCGAGUGUCUCCUUUGGUACAAAGUUUCUUGAAAACGGAAGAGUUGUUCCAGAAUAUUGUCGAAAAAUCAAGACAAGUUGACUACACUGUUCAGUCUACUAUAGAAUUGGCAGAGUUCACAGUAUUAUCGUUGCAUUCCGCUCGUGAUACAGUUGUACAAGGUUUUUCAUCCCAAGGUAGUUCAUCCCAUGGACCAGAGUCUGCUUAAAGUUAUGAAGGAAAUAAAACAAAAGACUUUGAAAAAUUUCAAAAAAAAACAUCAUCUUUUUU